AUGAAAGUUCAAGAAUUCACUCCGCCAAGCCUAGGAGCUAGACCAAGCCCUUAUGUGGACGUGGAUCCUUCUAAGAAAGUGACAAGGCUGGAAAUGGAAAUUUUUAUUGUCAACGGAAUACUUCCGCCCCACAGAAACAUCGCUCAGAUCAAGGACGUCCUGAUAAGCAAAACGACGGUCUACAUUGUCCAGGAGCUAUGCGGAACAAAAUCUCUCUUAGACUUUUAUGGCGACGCUGACGACAGAAGUGCGCGCAGGGUCUUCAAACAAUUAGUCGACGUCACUCACUUUAUCCAUCAAUAUGGCGUUGUACACCCGGCCUUAUACGGAAGAAGAAUUCUUUUUGCUGACUCUAGCUACACGGACGUCAAGCUCAUAGACUUUGGCAGUUCUCAUUAUAACCCAUCGACCGCUACACGAGUACGUGAUAAUUUCAAUCCAGCUCACUGGUUCACGGGAGGAGAAUUAGACACACGUUACAAAAGGGGAUGGACACCACAAGAAGAUAUAGCAUCCCUGGGGCGAAUCCUGCACAACAUUCUCGCCGGAGAAGAGGUCGAUCAUUUCGGAUUCGAUGAAGACUACGGCCGCGAGCACCCCGCAAACGAAAAAGACUUCGAAAUACUCGAAGACGAAUUUAAGCCGAGGGUGGAUGUGUUUGAUGCGCAAGCGCUGAAUUUGCUCUCCAUAAUAGGGCCGUCCUAUUUCCGCAAUCAAGCCCCACUUCCCCGAUCCCUGGACCAGAUCCUUCUCCAUCCUUGGCUUGCUGAACCAAACUAA